AGCCACUGAAGUCAGAUACCUGGAACACGUGCAAGCUGUGGUGUCGUUCAAUUCGACGCGACGAGGUGAUACAACCCUAUACCUCGUUUCUCCCAUGGGAACAAGAACGAUGAUUCUCUCUCGACGCCCGAAAGACGAUGAUGCAAAGGAUGGUUUCACUAAUUGGCCUUUCAUGACCACACACACAUGGGGCGAAAAUCCAAUAGGAAAAUGGAGGCUUAUCGCCAGAUUCCAGGGUCCUGGAAAACACCGUGGUACGCUGAAGAAAUUCUCGCUGAUGUUGCACGGCACCAAGGAGCCACCAUACGCCGGUAUCGAGCCGUUACUUGGCCACGUGAACUCGAAACUACAGGUGGUACAGACCGCCCACAAGAGAAUCUCACCAUGA